GAACAGCUUUUGCAACAACCGAACGUGGUCUCCUCCAAUUCGGUUCCCCAACAAUUAAUGUUACAAACCCAGUCUCAAAGGUCCAGUCUGGCUGCUAAUGAUUCUCGACAAACGACGUCAACAGCUCCCGCCGGUAAUAUUUCGCGUGACCCUUGUUCUAAUGUUCUAAGGCAAAGAACUGCCGGAAUUACACCCAAUAAAAUAGUAACCGACCGUGGUAACACGCAUCUAUUGAAACGACGCCGUUUAUUGAGUUCUUCCAAAGGUCCAACUAUAGUUCAUCCCAGGAUAUCGCAAAGAACAUUCAACGCGACAGCCCUAUACUACAAGGUAAAAUGCAAAGAAUUGAUGGACAAUGGUGUAAUUCCGAAUCCUCCGAUAGAUCCUCCUUCAAAGAUUAUUGGGAUAAUGUGGUACGAAGAACCGGAGAGUGUAAGAAGACAUUAUGAAAGACUCGCUCACAGAAUAAUGAUAGAACAAGCUCAUAGAAGAUCAAGGAAUCCAACAAACACACACCAAUUAAAUCACAUCGAUCGAAAUGGCGUCAACUCUCUGUCACAUGUUCAUGAAAAUCUUACAAACGAAGGAUCGAUUAUACAACGACCUCCCGGGCUUGCGGUUUCACCGGCUACAUGUAAACACAAUUGCAAGAGUUCGCGUAAUAAUGAUGAUAGUGAUACCUCCUCAAUUUCUUCAGAGGACUUCGAUCAUCAUCACGUGCCCAACAUUUCCGCCAUUUCUUGCAGCCGCGGCUCGACUUCCAGAAAUUUCGAUAAUAUUUUCGCUGAGAAACGUCAGAUUUCAACAAACGUCAAUGAUAAGCAUGGAGAUUCACCGUCUUCGCCGAAACUUUCCGCAACCCAAACGGUCCAUGACAUGAACCGCGAGGAUGGUCAUCUCGCAUGCGAUGUUUACGAUGAAUGUGCAGACGAUUUUGACGAAAACGACAUCGCUUGUUAA